GACCGCUAUGGAGACAGAAGAGCGUAAAAGCCGACGUAGCGGUCGGAAAUAAGUGAGCCACGUGUUAUCACGUGCUGCCAAGCCCGCCUACAGCUCCGGAAAAAAGCUUAAAACCCUUAACUACGAUAAGCGCCAGACAUCGGAGUCGACCUCUUGGAAUACAACUGCAGGUCUGGGGGAAUGUUUUGGCCGUUCUGCUCUGAAACUUGUGUGACCACACGUGUCUUAGGGAUAUGCUAUACUGAAAAGCUGGGUGAAGAUGCUUGCAUAGAAUCGCACUUUUCACACUCUGUACCGUCGAUUCGGGGUGGUGCGAGCAGUCCAACAAAUGGUUUUACUUGAUUCAGUCGACUCGCCACCGAUACGCCUUGAAGUCGCCAUGCUCCUUGCAUGUUGCCGUGACGACAGAUUUUCUCAUGUCGCCCAUUAGUGAUGAGGCUUGACGGAUGUCCAGGUGGAUGUGAUGUCUGCGUAAGUACAGCAUCUGCUGUGGAUUUACAGACUCAGCUUGGCGACGUCGUCAGAAACAGGUGGAUUACGCGGCUCUUGCGGUCCUCGUCAGUGUUCCGUCAACACGACGUCGUCCGUCGUGCUAAGCAGAGCUUUUCUCCUUUCGAGGGUCCAAUCCCGAAUUGCUGACGCACAUAUGCAGUAGCAAAUAUCGUGGACGGCACUGGCUGCUCCUGCUGAAGGUCUGGCCCCGGAUGAGUGGCUCCAGCAUUGAGCCCCAAGGACCCUGGGCGGUCUCUAUGAACAGUACGAGCUACUAACACAAGAUCGCAUGCGGCGCAGCACAUCGGCCACGACGGCUAGGAGACAGACGCAAGAUCAACCCGGCAAGGGAACUUACGCACUUUAUGCUGACGCAGUCUUUGGAGCUACGCUCGGGCUAUGCCAUCUGUUAUGCCUGGCGACUCCUGGACCAAUGGAAUUACACAUAUUUCCCGUUCGAUUGAUCCAAAGGACCAAAGAGUGGAGUCGGAGCCAUCAGUUCGACACGAUUUGGUAUGCGUGCUCACCGCUACCCAGUCGCGUCAGGGGCAUGGCGGAGUCGAGGAUUGUGCUACAUAAAGACGUCCCGACGCCCCCCCAGGAAGAUGAGAUGGCCCCAUACCAAUCUUUUGUCCUCAAACCGGCUCUGUAUUCGUUGCGGCUGUCACUCGUUUCAAAAUGGUCAAGCUCGGCCUGCCACUUAUUGCAGCUACGGCGCUGUUCGUAGCAACAAUCAAUGCCCACCCAGGUCACAGUCUGGACGAAGAGAUUGCCGAGCGAGCGGCAUAUCUCAAGCAUAGCGUUCGAAACCUGGACCACUGCGCCGAAAAGCUUCGCGACCGCGGCCUCGAAAAGAGAUCUAUCAGCCGUAGAGUAGCCAAGAUCCAGCAGUUGAGGGAUGAGGUGGCGCAGAAGAAGAGGUCCAUUCGUCGACAAGCCUCCGGGUCGGCCAUACCAUCUGGCACUUCGAUGCCUUCUGGGUCAGUUCCAUCCGGCGCGGCUCCAUCUGGGGGAGCGGGCGGAGCAGCCGAUGGCGGAGUGAACAUCAGCGACUUUGGAAGUCAAGUUGCAAAUACCAGCCACCUUUCGACGUUGAACAUCAGCCCCUGGACUGCUGACGUAGAGUCGAUCAUCUAUGCAAACGCGUCCUGCGUCUUGAAUCCCGAAGGAGAGACCGGCCCAUACUAUGUCCAAGGAGAGUUUGUCCGACACGACAUCACCGAGACUCAGCCAGGUGUGCCUGUGUAUCUCGAAGAACAGUUUGUAAACACCAACACCUGUGAACCCAUCACAGGUCUCUUUGCAGACAUCUGGCACUGCAACGCCACGGGUGUCUACGCCGGCGUCGUCGCAUCAGGAAACGGCGACUCGAACGACGCGUCCAACAUCAACUCCACGUUCCUCCGCGGCAUUCAGAAGACGGACUCGGACGGCGUGGCCGCGUGGCGUUCCAUUUUUCCAGGCUACUACUCUGGUCGCGCAACACACAUCCACAUGAUCACCCAUACCAACGCCACCCUCCUGUCGAAUGGCACCAUCAGCGGCGGAACCAUCCGACACAUUGGCCAGAUCUUUUAUGACCAGGAUCUCAUCGAUUACAUCAACGGCAAUGUGUAUCCGUAUACGAUGAACAAUAUCACGUUGACCGAGAAUGAUGAGGACCGGGUUUUCAUCACCGAGACCAGCACCGACAGCGAUCCUGUCCUGAACUACGUUCUUUUGGGCGACAAGGUCGAGGAUGGUCUGUUUGCAUGGAUCUCGAUCGGUGUAGAUCCGGACGCCGAGUACACCACAGAGGCAGCAAGUGUGCUGACUGAGGAUGGCGGAUAUGCUACUGGUAAUAACGAAGUGGUUUAGUCAAUUUCUCUCCUCGACUGGCCGUGGCCGGGCGAUGCCGGUAGACAAUGCUGACUUUGACAUUUCUCCCGCAAGCCGGAAGCAACGAGCAGCUCAGGCUGCCAACUGGGCCUCCAUUCUCUUGUAUAUUACAAAGUGUACCCUAACCGUCUUCAUACCUGUCUCUAUCACUAGAGGCAUCUAUCUGGACGCAUUUCCUUCCAACUAUAGG